CAUGCUUUCUCCAAUGUUUUUAGUUUUUCCGACUUGGGUGGAUACGGGGAAUUGUAUUUAUUUUUUAAAGUGUAUUUGUUUAUUAUUGUGAGAAAAUGACACUAAAACGCUAUUUUUAAACGACAUUUAAACUAACACUUGAUUUUUCAUUACAAGUGCGUGAUAAAUAAUCGUCAUAAACACUAUAAAAUGGUCUAUGGUUCAAGACAAUGUAGUACCAUAACACAAGCAAUUUCUUUCUAAAUUAGUUUGUUAGUAAUGAAGAGUUCUUGUACUAGUUUGUCAGAGCACAGCAAUAUGUUCGACACAGAGUCGGCGAGUGGGCUGGAGCAAGGCAAGUCCAAAAAAUUCAGUUCCGGAUCACUAAGCGGUGAUAUCUCUAGACCUAAAGUUGUAACCGUAAAGCAUCCGGAAUCUAACAAGCUUAAACCUACAGCCAAGAAGAACAAACAUCCAAUUCAAGCGGAUCUCGAUGUAACAAAAGAAUUUAUAAGAUGCAAGGAAGAAGGUAAAACAAGACUCGAUUUAAGUAAGUCAAAUAUUACACAAAUUCCACAAACUAUCAGAGAUUUAACACAUUUAGAGGAGCUGUAUCUUUAUGGAAACAAACUCGCUCAUUUACCUUUUGAGAUUGGAUGUCUUACUGCUCUGAAAACAUUGGCUUUAAGUGAGAAUUCCUUAACUAGCUUACCUGAUUCACUAGCAAAUCUUAAAAAUUUAAAAGUAUUAGAUCUAAGACAUAACAAACUAAAUGAUAUUCCAGAUGUUGUUUAUAAGUUAACGUCCUUAACCACACUCUACCUGAGAUUUAACAGGAUCAGAUUUGUUGGUGACGAAAUUAGUCAUUUAACUGCUCUUCUAAUGUUCAGCCUUAGGGAAAAUAAAAUUAGGGAAUUGCCCGCUGGAAUCGGUUGCCUUGUUAACUUAGUCACAUUUGAUGUGUCCCACAACCAUUUGGAACAUUUGCCAGAAGAGAUCGGAAAUUGUCGAAAUCUCAGUACAUUAGAUUUACAGCACAAUGAACUGAUAGAUAUUCCAGAUUCAAUUGGAAAUUUGCAUCAGCUCACUAGGCUAGGUCUAAGGUACAACCGGUUAACAUUCGUUCCGCCUACAUUGAGCCAGUGUCGAGACAUGGAAGAUUUCAACUUGGAGGGUAAUGCCAUCUGUCAACUGCCUGAGGGACUGUUAUCCAGCUUAAACAAAUUGACCAGUAUCACUUUGUCGAGGAAUAAUUUUUCUGCAUUUCCGUUUGGCGGGCCGUCACAGUUUACCGAUGUUGAUUCUGUUAAUUUGGAACAUAAUCAAAUCGAUAAGAUUCCGUAUGGGAUAUUUUCCAGAGCCAAGAGGCUUACUAAGCUCAAUAUGAAGGAGAAUCAGUUGACUGCAUUACCUUUGGAUGUAGGAACUUGGGUCAAUAUGGUUGAAUUAAACUUGGGUACAAACCAGCUGACAAAACUCCCAGACGACAUCCAAAACCUGCAGGCCCUAGAAGUCUUAAUACUCUCCAACAACCUGCUAAAGAGAAUUCCCCCGAGCAUCGGUAACCUACGAAAACUCAGGGUGCUCGAUCUCGAAGAGAAUCGACUCGAUCAACUUCCGAACGAAAUCGGUUACCUCAAAGACCUUCAGCGUUUGAUCGUGCAAUCGAACCAACUGAUACAACUUCCACGUGCGAUCGGCCAUCUGACCAAUCUGGUAUUUCUUAGCGUCGGUGAAAAUAACCUCGCUUACUUGCCAGAGGAGAUAGGCACCCUGGAAAACUUAGAGUCUUUAUACGUAAACGACAAUCCCACCCUUCAUAAUUUGCCGUUCGAGCUCGCCCUGUGCUCGAACCUGCAGAUAAUGAGCAUCGAAAAUUGCCCUUUGUCUCAGAUACCGUCGGAAAUUGUGAGCGGCGGGCCCUCCUUGGUUAUACAGUAUUUGAAAAUGCAGGGCCCUUACAGGUCCAUGUGAUCUACGUAAAACACACGAAGGGUAUGUGAUAUGGUUUAAUUGGGUCAGGUCGGACCGACGAUACACGGAGUUUUCUUAAGGUCCUUUAUGGGAUUUUAAACUUGUUAAACUUUGAGGGGCUUGAAUGAGAAUUGAGGGAAGUAAACCCGAUAAAGAAACAGUGUAUUUCACGUUAAUUAGCAGAUAUGGUCAAGUUACAAGCAAAUUUUAUUUCAUUUAAGAACACUUCGCAUUGGAGGAUAAUUGAUAAUGUGGGUAUAGUAUCAUCCUUAAAACUAUUGUAAGUAAACUUGGACUAGUUCAUGUUUACUGUCUUUUUCAGCUGGUUUGGGUUUUGUAACUGAAAUAAGAGAUGAGCAAGGCAAAUUUUUAUACCAGUCACAUAGUGUCUAGUAGGUUCUUAGUAACCGAGAAUUCAAUUGUCUUCGAGAUAAUGUUGGAAUAAUUAGUCUUCUUCCUUUAAUCUUACGAUUGGAAACUCGUCUGAAGAAUUCUAUAUUAAUUUGUGCAAAAACCGCACUUAUUGCAAAGUGUGUUUGAGAACUGCAAGGUCUUCAUUUUUGUUAUUUAUAGUAAGUAUUCUGCAAAUCCAAAAUUACAGGCAUUUCUCUUGUUUUGCAAGGUAAUAUACCACGCCUUCUCCCAACACCUGCCAUUUUGAAUAUAUUCACAUAUUUUAGCUGACACCUGUAUAAUAGGAAUGUCCACUUUCAAAUGAAUCAAUAAAUUUAAGUAUAAUGAUAGGCGGAUACCAAUUUCACAGCUACCACGAUGUCCACUUAUUUCUGUCCAAAGAUGUAACCACAGAACACCACCAGUUUAACCACCUCUCCUCUAACCUCUUUGAAUUUCUUAUACUACAGUUUCAGAAAGGAUUUCCAGAGUACGUGUUUUUUCUGCGUAAACUUGAGCUUUUAAUUUAAGUAUACCUUAAUAAAUAGUCCCAAGGAGAAAGGUCCGGUGAACGGGGAGGCCACUCGCUAUCUCAACGCACUGAUAUCAAACUCCAGGAUAAUGUUAUAAUAAAUAAAAAUGGGUCUCUCUCAGUAAUUUCUGCAAAUAUAAGUUGCCAUUUAUGCCAUCAUAAUUUUAUAUGGGUGGAAAUUAAGGUUCAAGUGUAAGAUUCUGUGAACUGAGUAUCUCCGAGUAGAUAUCAUUCAUUCUAAGAACAUUCGGCUGAAUUGAGGAACAGUGAAGGUUUAUUCAAGAACACCAUACUUCCUUGCAGGGACCCUGUACAAUAAACGAACCCUCAUAACAUCACACGUUGUAGAUUAAAAGGUUUUAUCACCAGUUGCCUUCAUAGACUCUUUUUUCCUUCUUAAGUGGUCCUGGUACUUUGACUGUAACUUUUCUUCCAUCGCAACCUGUUGAUGUUUAUUGCAAGUGGAAUAUUGGGUGCAUACUACUCUUCUAAAGGUAAUUAGACAUACUCCUGGCAAUUUUUUUUGCAUUUUUUCAUAAAUAAAUCAUGCAUUUUCUUAAUAUUAAGAUUAGGAUCUAAAUAGAGCUGGCAAGUGGAUUUUCUGGUGUAAUGGCUUUCACACAAUAAAGCUUUCACUCUUCUUAUUUGGUCUUCUGGCUUCUUGACCUGUGUUGUCUUUACAAUCUCCAGUUUCACUCCUAUUUUAAAUGCAUUUAAGUAAUAAAAGUUUGCAAAAAAAUGACACAACAAAGACCCACUUAAUGCCUAACUUCCAUUUCAGUAAAAAUAUCUGAUUUUGCGUUACUUCUUUGCUUACUUUCUUCUCCUAACUUUUCUAGGCUACCGAUAUUUGACUUCUUUUAAUAAGUAUUGUAGCAUUUUUACCAUUCCUUAAGGUUCUCGAUGCACAAAAAUAUUCAACUGAUACAUUUACUCACUUAAACUACUAAACACGAUCACUAGAAAUAUUUAUAUACACCUUUUUAUUUAAGACCUAUUCAAAUCUCGCGCCAAUAUUUCAACCGUCAACUGGCCCUAUAGCGGCCAUUGUUCCGGAACAUUCGCUUACUUUCCACGCGUCUCCAGAGAUGUCGUGCGAUAUGCGUCAUGCGGAAUAACGAAGGACCACUGGAAUUCGCGGUAUGAAUUCUUUUUGCUAACGUUCAUCUUCGAUAAAAUGUGUCGUAUUUGACAAUUCACUGACUUAGGAACUUCGGGGAUUUUGUAUUUUUCCUGCUUCGUUGGUAGGUUGAUACUUGAAGGCCUUGUAGUGCUCCAAAUAGUUUUCUUUUGGCUAAAUUUUUGUACAAGUUCUGUUGUACAUUCACUUUUUCAUUGAACUGCUACCCAGUCUGAGUUCUGCACGUCUGAGCUACAUUCGGCUAAUAGUUGGAAAUUGCUACCUCCAGGUACAUCUGGGUUGGGUUGGGCAAAGUUUAAGUGGCGUUGGAUAGUAAAACAUUGAUUAUUUAAACUGUGCACAUCUAAACCAAAUUCCACUGACGAUGGGAGAUUGCUUGGUACAGAAAUAUCUUCUCAAAAUAAUGUAAAAGUCAAUUAUCGUUUUCUUUGUUUCAACGUUUCACCAGCUAGAUGAACUAAGGAGCAACUUUUCAAAUCGCAUUUUGUCCAAAAAAUACUUUUUUGGGUAUUGACGAAAAACGAUUUUCUUUUAAACCCUGCUAUAUAUUUUUACAACAUGGAGUUGUUUUGAUAGAAAUUAACAUAAAAACCCAUUAAGUUAUCUCAGUUAAAUCAAUAUUUAUUGGAAAAUCUGUAAAAAUCGAAAAAAAUUUUGGACUUAAUGCGUAACAAUGUAUAAAAUUCGUUUUGUUUCGUUCAAAAUUGGACAUAAUGCUGUUUGUUCCAAUUUAUUCGUUUUACAAAAAAACUGGUGUUGGUAGUGAAAUUAUUCGACUUUAAGGAUAAAAUGUCAACUAAGUACCAGGAAUAUGUUUUUUUUUUUGUUUUUGUUAAUUUCUUCGAAAAAUGCAAACCUACAAAAUAAUACUAAUGUUAAUAACAUACAAAGUCCACUUGAAAAAAAAAUCAAAUUUGUUCCUGGUUAAGGUCUUCUUCGAGGCAGUCGCACAUGGGAUUUUCUUCACCUACAUUAUCUGCAGGAUCUGGAAUUUCAGCUUCUGGUUCCGUCGUGGUGUUUAAGGCAUGAUCAAAAAAACAGGAGCGAAGAAAGCGGGACUUUAAAUUCCCAGUCUUGUCCAAAUCUUGCACAAAGCAGCUUUCGCACAUCAGUUUUCUUCUUUUAUGUUAUUUACCAGUGGUAUGUUACAGCGAUCCUGCAUAUCCCUCAUCAAAGUUUGGCCUCGUUUUGUUAUUUCCAUUGGGUGCUUCGUUCCUUUAUUCCAUCAAUUUUUUUCAGUAUUUCUCUGAGAUCUUUGUAGUUUUUAAGGAACCAGUCUUCGCCUAAAACUCUGACAAUUCCGUAUUGUUGGUAAAUUCUGAUAUAAGCUAUGGGGCUCAACAUCUCUUCAGUUUUUCGUAGAUGUUUCUCGACUCGACCGAAUACCCUGUCAGCAGGUAAAUAGGAGUGGCCGCGAACUGGGAAAUAUAUACUAUCUGUUUUAUGUUUCUUGGGGACUUUUUAUGUAGCCAGUAUGUUAAGGCAUGGAUGACGUGUUGGUUUUUGUUUUGACCUGCGCAAAAAGCCUAAUUUGCGUUACCGAAUCUUCAAUAUGUACUUUUUCUAAAAAGUCUAUCAAAGCUGAAGAAAUUUCUUGAGCACCUCUUGCAGCUUGUGUCUCGUUCCAGACAUAAAAAUGUGGGCUUUUAAUUGCAAUCAGUCACACAAAAAGAGUAAAAUGAAAUUUGUCUGGAAUAGAAAGCCUCACCAAUACUGACUUUGGGAAUUGCUUGCACUUGUUGCAAGUCAAACCCGUACGUUAUGCUCGCUUUUGGGAAUUGCUUCAUCAAAGUAUGGAAAGCUUAAGCUCUCUUUUUGUGAAUUAGGUACGAUGUUUGAAAUUAACCCUUCUUUGAUAACACCAUUUUCACAAGACUGAAUUUCACUGUUAAGUCUAGCGCAAUAGCUACAGAUAUUGGAAGCGAGAGAGCCAAACCCUAGAUUAAACUUUGUCUCAAAAAUUUUUACGAAAAACGUUUUUUUUACUUUCAACUCGUCUUCAACGGUAGUAUUAUAAAGGUGAAAAAGUCGAUUUAUGUUCAAAGAUGAAUGCAAGUAAAGUCGACGGCUUUUAUUUCGUGCAUAAUGACUUUCGCAACCUCGCAAAUUUGAAAUAAACUCGUACACUUGCUUUCUUUUUGCAGAAAAUUUCUCGUUUCUCUACGAUCCUGAUUCCAGAUAAAAUUCCGUCAGCAAUUAUGUUUAGUCUUCGCUGACCGACCCCAAACAACUUAGCAAAAAAUUUGGAGCAUACAGGUAGUCUUUGUUUUUCUGUAGAUAUCAAGAAAUAUUUAACUGCAACGCGAUGUGGCUUGUUUUUUCUCACCUCACCACGAACUCGACUGCGUUUUGGUUGAGCAACAUCCAUUAAAAAGGACAGUCUUUUAUCUUGCUCCUUUCUGUCUGGUUUAUAAAAAACUUUUCUCUUUGCUUUUGCUAGAAUGCUUCUUGAAAUACUGAGACAGUUAAAUUUUCCUUCUCUGUGGAGGCAGGGUGGUUGAAAAUUAAGCAACAAAGGGUCAGGGUCUUGAUAUCUAUAAAAAAUAAGUAUAGGUGUGAAUAUUUUUUCAUUGUAACAAACGAGCAAUACUUACCUCUUCUCAUAAUCCAUUUCCCUUUUUGUCUUUUGUCGUUGCCUUUUCCUUGACCCUUCAUUAUAAUUGCCCACAAUAACACUGUUAUCGAGGUUUUCCUUCAUAACGCACUUUAGCACCAACACUUUCUAGUUCCUAAAUAUUUUAUUUAAAGAAUGUAACUGGACAAUAUACACCUGCUCCACUGCAGAAACUUACUGAAUUGCAGGUUAUAACAAACAAAACUAACACAACACUAGCUUCAUAUAUCAGCUGUUUUGUUCGAGACACAUAAUGCGUUUUGAUUCGACUACAUCUGUGGACAAAAUGCAUUUUGAUGUGGAUCCUAUACUUUGCACGUCGAUUACACAGUGACAUAAUGCCGUUUGAAACGUUUCAUUUUUACAGGUUUGUAGAACACAAUAAUUAAUUUGCAAAUCCGCUUCAAGUUCAAUUUUGUCCAAUUUGGACAAAAUGCGUUUUGAAAAGUUGCUCCUCAACUGGUCUCUUCAGGUUAAUCUAUUUAAAAAAUAAAACGAAUUAUAUACAAUAUUAUGUGUAUAAAAAUAUAUGGAUUAAUAAAAACGGACAUACCGACAAAUUACAUAGUCGAUGACAAAUAUCAAAGUAGGAAUUUAUGAUACUAUCUUCUACAAGAGAGUUUAUUGCAAAUCGGUAAAUCAUAUACUUCGGUUAAAGACAUAUGGUCAGUCUUGAGGUUAAUUGUAUUAUUAGAACAGUUAAUAUGUAUCAUUUCGGAAAUUAUACAUCGAGACUAAUUACCUUACUCAAAAAUGUGACAAUUAUCUUUGAUUCUAAUAAGAGCGGUGAAUUUUAACAAAUUUAACAACCUACUUACUCCGGCCACUUUGCUGAGCCGCUAAUUGUUGGAAUAUUUUAUAAUUAUGCAAAAGUCAGCAUUUUAUGAGGUGUCCGUACAAAACUGCCGUACUUCGGCAAAAGCUAGUAACUAUAAUUUAGAGAAGUUUUCAGGAGAGCGCGUUUUCUUAAAUGGCUUAGACUUUGUUUACAGUAAGUUUUUUAAUUUACCAGUUAGGCAUUUCCUUUAACAUUUUUGGUAGAAAAUUUAUAGAUGUAAAGAAAAACAUUAAAAAUAAAGUAAUUUGACUGUUAAUGCGAGUUACUAUGUUUUGUUCAGAUUAAAAUAUUUAGAAUAUUGACAAAAAUAAGUACGCAAAAACUAGCAACUUUAGUCGCAAGAAAAAAAUUUCCUAUUUUCAAAUAAUAUAAUAAAGUAAAAUAUAGUACAUAGUAGGUGAUAACUAAAGUCAAGUAAUUUUUAUAUCAAAUAUUUUAUUAAUUCUUUGGAAUGACAUUGUAAAUCAAUAAUUUUAGGUUUCUGAAAAAGUACACAAAUCGCGCGACUUAUCAUUUGAUGGUAAAUAAGUCCAAAUUUUUUUUUUCGUUCAUCGUCGAAUUGUCGCUUAAAGCGUGUUUAGAAUAUUUUUCUUUUUUUUUGCAUUUAUUCCCAAAGGUUCCAAAUAUGGUUCUGCUGGUAGCUUAACUUCAAAUUUAUUUUUUAAAAAACUUGUUUCAAUUAAAACAUCAUCAAAGAUUUUUUUUUAUGAAAAAAGCUGUUAGAGACUUUUCGAGAUUGAACGACCUUAAGAGAGUCAAGAAGAGGAAUGUUGUUAUUUUUUCGUUGUUUGCACCCGUCUGUAAAUGGGAAAAAAUCGGAAAUAUUAAGUUUUAAACAUUUGGUUUUUUUGCAGAUUUUUCUAUUAUGUUUAGAAGUUGAUCAUAAUCGUAAAUAUUGGGAUAUUUUUUUAUCUCUGUGCUUAUUCGGCCAUGAACGGAAUCGGCAGCCAUAUAGGAAUGACACGGUUCAAAAUAUUUUAAAGUAAUUUCAUCUGGCCCCCAUUCUGAAUUUACGAAGCAAACAAAUGAAGAAAAGAGGGUCCAGUUUUUAUUCUGGGCUGAACAGUUAUAUCUACCCAGAACGUAAGUUUCGUUAUUUCGUUGCUCAGACUUCUAAUCAAAUUAAAGUAUGCCGAUGUCACGUCAGAAGCACAUCUUCCUCUAAUUGCCUCAUGCCACAUAACACAGAUGUUGCUGUCAUCUUGCAGAGAGGCAAAAGUUUCAUUAAAAGCAACGAGCCUGUAAAUAAAAAUUAACUAAAAUCAUAAAAACAUUUAUUUUAUGGCGCCGUAUUUAGACAAAAAAAAAAGAGUUUUUGGUUGACAUUUUUGGAAGAAGUAACACUUUCUGCAUAUCAACGCUAAAAACUUUCUCAUUUGGAGUAAGAACUUUGGCCUUAUCCGCUUGGUAUGCCUGUCUAGCUUCUGUGUAAAACAUUUCAUGAUCGGAAUAUUUGGUACACGUUUUACAUUUACAAUCUGAAUUAGUCUCAUUAUUUUUGUGAGAUUUGUAAAUUUGGCAAGUACCUCACUCAUCUUGCGAAGGUCGAGAAAAUCAAAUAUUUUGUUGCUUAAAUACACUUCUAUACAGAUCAUAACCAACUUUUUGCCCCAAAUCAGAAAAAUCCUUCCAUAGGAAAGAUACUGUCAAAUCUGGAGGCAAGUAUCGCCUGUUUGGGGAAUGUUUAAGGUUGUAAUGUGAAACAACAGGAUUAAAAGUUUUGAUGUGAUUAAUUAUUGCAGUUUCGUGAUCAAAUUUUUUAGAGCUUAAAAUAGUUCUGGCAAUAAGACCUCUAUCAUCUUUUGUUUUGGCAACUCCGUUUUCGGAAUUUCUUUUUUCUCUUAAAUGAGCGGUGAUCAUUCCAUCAGACUUUAGGCCAAGUGUCUGCAUGAACAUUGUUUUGCAUACCUGCAGGUCUUCAAUUAGAUUGGUACCAGAUUGCAUAUCAUGCUUUAUUGGUAAAAAAAUAUCGAAGGGAAUAAUUUCUAUUUGAUGCUAUUGUCUUAUGUAACCCUGGUUUUAACACCAAAUUGCUUAACGUGCGAGUCCAAAAACAGCCUUCUUUCACCAAAUGUCAAUUUCCAAAAGGUAGUUCUAAUAUUAUUUCUUUCCAAUUCGCUUUCUAUAAUUGUUGCUUCAUCUAUGUUAAUAUUCUCCUUGUUAUUAUUUUCUUGUAAAUCUCCAGAAUCAAUAAACUCUGUUAUUUGGGAUUCCUUAUCAAAGCCAAACUUGAGCUGACUACUUAAAUUAAUAAAACGAGGCUCAUCGGAGACACAUAAGUUUUGUAAGUUAAAAAAUGUUUUUCGCCUUUUUUUAACUGGUUCAAAGUCAGGAUCCGCGUCUGAGUCAUCAAAAUCUGAAACUUCUUCUACAUUUUCAUGGUUCAUUUGAUCUGAUGAUUUUUCAGUAAAAUGUUCCGAUUUUUUGAAAUCAUCAGCAGCUGUUGCUUUUGAGGUACUGGCGACUGGAUUUUCAUACGUGUUUCAAUUUUUCUAAAAAGAGUAUAUCAGUUAUUCUGUUAAAAAAUUUUAACAAAAACAAAUUUUAGAAAAAUUAAGUUUUUAAAUUUAAAAUUUUGAAAAUCGUUGUUCUUGUUCGAUUUCCAAAAAAAAUUUAUUUAAACGCUAAUAAUUUGUUUAAAGAUAAAAAAAAAUGGAAAACCACGUUUUACAAAAAAACUUAUUUUCAGAUAAAAAGUUAUUAGUAUUGUAGGUAUAUAAACGAUUAGUUUUUGACAUAUUCGACAAAGUUUCAUAAAAAAAACAUUUUUUUUAACCAUAAACAUGCAUGAAAACUGUCUACUUCUCUGAUUGUUCCGAAAUUUGGCAUGUUUAUUCAUAUUUUCAAUUCACAUACCUACAUAUGUUUGGACGGAAAUAAAUUUGUCAUAUAUUUAUAUUUUUGCUUAGGUACUUAUUAAUUUGAUAAUCCAGGCGACGCCACUGUAAGAAACAUGACAAAAAUAUGUCUAAAAUAUUCCACUAAAAUAUGUGUUUUUAUAUUAUAAAUAAACUUGCAAAAGUAUUAUUUGGUUAAUUUCAAAACUAUACUAAAAAAAUCACUUUUAGUACCUCAAGUAGCAUAGAUUAUUAUUUCUUAAAUUAUUUUAAAAUUCGUUUAGUUUGAUUUAUUUACAAUUUUCUCCCUUUAUCCCCUAUGUAGAAUAUUUUUUAUUAGACUAAUAAAAUAUUUCUUACCCCUGACACAUUGAAACCAUCCACUUUGACCUACUCGACAUCAUUUUGCACUUUUUUACACACUAAGACUCUAUAAAUGUAUUUAAAUAUGAGACACCCCCCAGACUCUCAGAGCUACAAUCAUGUGCAACAAUUUCUUGCGAAUGAAGAAAUACGCGCGAACAUAGCCCGUUAAAAGCCAGUAACAACCGAUACAAUUUAUCCAAAAGCAUGCGUUUCGGUAAAAAAUAGUCCGAUAAAAGCUAAUAUGUUUAGAAGCCUGUCACAUACUGGUUAAAAAAAGUAAUAAAUAUACAGAGUAAAACAUAGCAUCUCUAAAUUGCCAUCUUUUAAUUAAGACAGGAUUUACAAUUGAAAAGUCAAACUUACUUGCUUUAGAUAUAGUAAUUUUAAUAAACGCUUGACAAUACUAUAAGUUUCCAGAUAAACUUGAGUUACUAGGUUUUAAUAGGGUUCCUUGUGUUCUGAAAUUAAAUAUUGUCAUUAGUAACUCUAUUUGCUAUAUUUUACUUAAGGUUACCUUGCAUUUUUUACCAGUUACUAAAAAGAGAGAUAGGCUUAUCCAGCCACUAUAAAAUAGAGUAAGAUAAAAAAUUAUUUUAGUAGGUAUAAGCUUACACGCUGGUUAUAAAAACGCAGUAAUUUUUUAAAACGUAGUAACUCGAGUUACUGGCUUUUGCUGAAAUACGGCAGAAAAUGCUUACAAGAAAUACCCAUUAAGUCAGUUGGUAGAACAAAAUUUAAGGGACAUAUUAUUUGCAAAGUUUUCAAUUGACUUAGUAAGUUCACCAUAAAGACAUUUAUGAUGAUAUAAAUAACUCAAAACUUUACAAUAAUGACUUAGAAAGUGUGUUUUGCUUGUAACCUGACGAUAUAUUUAAAAUAACAUUUAUUUUCUCUUAGGUAUGCAAUAGUGCGGUUCCAAAAUUGUUUUCUGCACUAAAAAAAAUCAUUCCUAAUUAUUUUAGAAAUUUCUUAAGUCUAAUGUACGAGAGUAGUUUCUUAAUUAAUUUUGGGUGUGAAAGAAAGUCUACACUAAGAGAGAUUUUUUUGCCGUUGAUAACAUAUUUAUUACAGUCUUAUACUGGAGGUUUCUGUACCAAAAGACGUCUUUACUUACAGAGACUUAAAUUUUAAUAUUAUCGAACACAGGUUUAUCAGGUUGUCUUUAUUGCGGAAAUAAAUGAUAAAAACGUGGAAAUAAAACGAUAAUACUUAUUAUACCUGAAGUAGAUUUUUGUUAUUGUGAAUGUAAACUGUAAUACCUUAAAUUAAAAAAAAUAUUCUUGAGAAAUGGUUUUACACUACCGUAAACAUGAUUAUUUGUUUGUUUAUUAAACUGCAACGAUCCAUAAACGAAAAUGUGCCGUGAAAUUAUAAUUUUUAGCGUUAAGCCUUCCUUUACUGUUAUAAGGAUUGUUAUAUUUGUCAGAACUAGUCUUUCAGAUAAACUUUCAAUAUGUGAUAUGAUUAUAUUAGAUUAGUGUAAGUUCCCUUCGCCUGUAAGAAAUUACUAAUUAAACAUAUUUUAUUUUUAUGUAUUCCUGACACUAUGAAAGUUUUGCUUUUUUGUAAAUAACAUGAAUGGUUCCUUACUGUUCUAUAUAUCCUAAAGUCAAAAGUAAAACAAAAGCAGGCUUUUUAUAAGAUGUAUAUAAUUAGUUAACAAAAUUGAUUGGUUGGUUUGAAAAACAAAAUUAUAUAGUGGAUUCAACAGUUCAAAAACACAUUAAAGAAACUUAAACAAUUACUUCAAAAGCCUGGAAGAAAAUAAAAAUUACUUCAUUUAUCUGGAAUUUAAUAAUAAGUGGCUUUAAAUACCAGGACUGGAGGAUAUGCCAACAUUAAAAUACUUUGACAUCAAAUACUUCAUAUUAAUUUAGAAAAUGGCUAAAAUUAACACUCUAGGAUAUAUGAAAAAUGGCUUCAUAUGCCUGGACUAAAAUAGAAAAUUAUUUCAAAAUUUCUUCCUGGAACAUGAGGACUUAAGAACAAACAUUAUACCUGGAAAAAACUACAACAGUCUGAAUUUCUUAUGCAGUCUGGUAUGCAUAAGAAAUGACUUCAAUUAUGUUCAGCUAUAAAAACCUGAAAGCAAAAUUAUUCCAUAUAUAUGAAAUAAUCAGAAAAAUAACUUCAAAUCCUCGGCAUAAAGGGAAAAAUUGAAUAGAAUAAAGUAUAAAAUUGUCUCUGAUUAUGUAAAACAAGUUUGUAUAGUGCAAUUUAUUUUUGUACAAAGAGCUUAGUGUAUCUAUCGUAACAUGAAGAGAAAUGAAAAAAAUCACGCACAAAUCUCAUAUUUAUACUUACUACAUAUUACAAUUAACACCACUCCUAUUCAGGGAUUUCGUAUAAUAAAUAAAUUAUUAUUCUUAACAGCAUGUACAUACAUAGGUCUACACCUAUCUAUUUAUUAUUAUGCAGGUUGUAUGAGAUCUACCUAUUAAAAAUUAUUGUUGAAUGAAAACAAGUAUAACAGUGCUACUAUUAAAUAGAACUUCUACUUUACUUUUAUUAGUUUAUAGUGUACCAGUGAGGUAUAUAUUUUAUUAUAAUAGGAGCCCAGACUACUUGUUGUACAAUUCCAAACAUUGUUGAUUAACAGCAUUUCAUCUAUAUUUGAAUUGCUGUUAAUGUUGUUUCCACAUGGUUGGUCAUGUGCGCGUGAUGCGGUAUGUAUCCAAACCAGAAAUUAUCUGAUAUCAGUGUUAUUGAAUAUUUAGGUAUUAGUUGUCUGCUUAAAUGUUGCUAAAAAUAAAGUGUAUUUUAUGGAGAA